AAAGGCACAUCACCAAGACUCGAGCCACUGUUAGUGUGCGUUGCAGAGAGACUGUAUAUCAAACAAAAUGAGCGGAAGAGGUAAAACCGGAGGAAAAGCCCGCGCUAAGGCCAAGACUCGCUCCUCCAGGGCUGGUCUGCAAUUCCCAGUCGGCCGUGUUCACAGACUUCUUCGCAAAGGCAACUAUGCAGAACGCGUCGGUGCUGGAGCUCCAGUGUAUCUGGCCGCUGUGCUCGAGUAUUUGACCGCUGAGAUCCUGGAGUUGGCUGGAAACGCCGCUCGUGACAACAAGAAGACCCGUAUCAUCCCCAGACACCUUCAGCUGGCAGUGCGCAAUGAUGAGGAGCUGAACAAGCUUCUCGGUGGAGUGACCAUCGCUCAGGGCGGUGUACUGCCCAACAUCCAGGCUGUGUUGUUGCCCAAGAAAACCGAGAAAGCAGCCAAGAAGUAAACGGUGAAAAUCGUUUCAAAACCAAAGGCUCUUUUAAGAGCCACCCAUUUCCCCCUUAAAAGAGUGAUCUACUUCUGUUAGGUUGAGCUUGUAAUUUAAUAAACCCAACUAAAGUUUUGUACAAAUAAACUUGUAA